AUGGAGCCAGUGAGUUGGUGUAUAUUUAUGUCGAUGGUUGGUGCACGUGCUCGUUCGGUUGGUCUCCUCCGCGUUUAGUUGCGUCUGGCGUGAUCUUUGAACCCGAGCCACCUCAGGUGGGUCGCAGAGCCGCUCAGCAUCAGAAGCGCGUGGGGCAGUCGGUAUAUCACACAUGGCUCUGUCGAUAUCUCCGGUGUCUCUGGGUGAUUAAACAUCCCUGCAGCAGAUCUCUCUCAGACGGAACCAGGAGGAGGAAAGUCGAGAUGUUAGUGAAAUGCACCGUGUGGUUCUGGUUCUGGUUGACUCUGUACCAGUGUGUCAGAGGGGCUGCACAGACUGGAAACGAGUUCCUGGAGAACAUUUUACAUUUUUAUAGAGAGAAUAACUCAAUUUCUACAGAGGAUUUUGGAAAAUUCCUGCUGCUAAUUUCAGCCAGAAGAUCAGAGUUAAUAAGUGAAGAAAAUCCAAUGGAGGGCAGAGAGUGUCCCUCAGCUGAGCAGAUCCUGACCCACUUGGGGUUGAGUAAUGUCACCCAGCUGACGGUGGAACAUCUGGGGAGGAUCUGCCCCGCCGCGCUGACCCAGGUGCUGCUGCCCUCCUGCUCUUUCACCACCCCCACCGCUGUGCCAACUCUAGAUUACUCUGUGUGGGGUUAUGGCUUCCUGGCUGUGACUGUAAUCAAUCUGGCAUCUCUCCUUGGUCUCCUGCUGAUCCCCUUCGCCAAGAAGCCGUACUUCCCAAAAGUUCUGACAUACUUCAUUGGCCUGGCCAUCGGGACGCUUUUCUCCAACGCGGUACUGCAGCUCAUACCAGAGGCUCUGGGUUUUGAUCCCAAAGCAGACAACUAUGUUGCCAAUGCAGUUGGGAUAUUUGGAGGAUUUUACCUCCUUUUUUUUGUGGAGAAGAUCCUUAAGAUGUUUCUCCGCCAUGAGCACGGCCACAGCCACUUCGGCCCGGUAGAACCACCUCAGGAGAACUAUGUCCAGAAUGGAGACCUGUGGGCAAAGAAAGACUCUGUAGUUCUGACCAGCAUCAACACCAUCACCACCGAUAGGAGUGGCUCGAAUCUUGAGCUCUCACGUGAAAGCAUGACAGCUUCCCAGGAGGUCCAAGUGUCAAACAGUGUGAUGUGCCACUGGCUUCGUGGGCAGCACAUCUCCAGCAUCAAGACGGUGGCAUGGAUGAUAACUCUGAGCGACGCGCUGCACAACUUCAUCGAUGGCCUUGCCAUAGGUGCGUCCUUCACCGUGUCCGUACUGACUGGGUUUAGCACGUCCACCGCCAUCUUUUGUGAGGAGUUUCCCCAUGAGCUGGGAGACUUUGUUAUCCUGCUGAAUGCAGGAAUGAGCAUCCCACAGGCAGUUUUCUUCAACCUGAUGUCGUCGGUGUCAUGUUACAUUGGCCUUGUGUUUGGAAUCCUGCUCGGAAGCAGCUUUGCUCCCAAUGUCAUCUUUGCCGUCGCAGGAGGAAUGUUUCUGUACAUCUCACUGGCUGACAUGUUUCCAGAAAUGGACAGCAUAGCAAGAGACGAGCGGAAAACUUCCACCAAGAUCAUCUUCUUUCUGAUCCAGAAUGCAGGACUGCUCACGGGGUUCACCAUCAUCCUGCUCAUCACUCUGUUUGCAGGAAACAUCAACCUGGGCUAAUAAAUGACUGUUGUCAGCUGGGCAGAAUGAAUGUAAAAUAAAUAUUUUGUACAAACUAAACCAAAUCCUAGAAGAAUAAAGAUUUUUUGUACCGUGAGACUGUUUUAGAUAAAUGCUUACUCCACAAGUGUUUUUUUACAAUCAAUAAAGAAAUCUAAUGAAGUAUGUUACAAGGAGACAAUAAAUUGAUUUCAACUUUAA